CCGUUUGUGCUGCGGGACGGGAAGCAUCAUCUACGCUUGUAUCCGUAGAACAGAUUCAGGAAUUUAAAUUGGAUUUUAAACAGUAAAAUACAGUAAGAAUCCAUCAAGUUACAGAAGAAGACUGCACAUUUACAAGAAAGAAAGGUUUUAUUAAAGGCCAAACACAUAUCAUCAUGCCUGUCCCAUACACUGACGUAUCCCAGAAGAAAGAAGUUUUGGAACAGUACUCGGACACAUGUGGAGCACGUCUCGACCUGGGGAAGAAAGUCAGUGUUCCUCUGGAUCUAAUGAUGGAGGAGCUCAACCUGAUGUCCAACAGAGGAUCUAUAAUGUUUCAGGAGAGACUUAAAAGAGUGGAGAAAUUCACAUUGGAAAACCUAGCAAACAGGCCACACAAUCUCUCUGGGGAGUCACUCCAAGAACACAAUGUCGCUCAAGGUGAUAAAAGCGAGUGCUUCACUUCUCAAGACAACAUCAGCCAGCCUGGAAAAAACAGUCUAGUGGCCACACUCAAAAAUACAGUCGCUAAAAAAGGAAGUCCUGAUGUUCUUGCACCUGGUUAUGGUGGACCUCUGAAAGAAGUUCCUCAUGAGAAGUUCAAUGUCACGGUGAUCCCCAAAUCUUAUCAGUCUCCCUGGGAGGAAAAGCUCUUGGAUACUGAGGCGUUGUUGGCCAGUAUCAGUAACCGCCUGCCCGAGCCUCCACACAAACUCACAUCUGGCAACUUUAAAUGCUUCAACAGAGCUCCUAUGCCGUUCGGUGGAACCGCAGGUACUGAGAGAACUCUAUCCCUCCCUGGCUUUGAACUACUGCAGGCUCAUACCGAGCCAAACCUGACCUGGGAAAGAAUAUGUCAUCGCCCCAACUUCAACCGCAUCCCGCAGGGCUGGAACACCCCCAUUGCUGGAGAAUCUCCUGUGAUUUUUGGGGAACUAUCGGUGAUGAAAGAGAUCUCUUGGACUGAGUUCUGAGCGACGCAUAAACCAGUGAUGUGAGUUGCGAGCUGAGCCAUAAAAUGCUAAACGUUGCUCAAGUUUACAUGUGUUGCAUUGUAUUUCACAAAUUAGUUUUGUUAAAUAUGAGAAGCUUCUUUAUUCUAAUUACAACAAUAAGACAGUUGUAUAUUUAAAAAAACACUUUGGGUCAACACAUUGAUCUAUGCAAUUAUAAAAACAGAUACAUGCUAAAUGAAAAAAGGAAAAUGGGGUGGACACUGGUGAGAACUGUAUAUUGGAAUAUUUCAAUGGGGUAAAAAAAGUUGGCAGUGCCCUGUAAUGGUCAACAGUGCCCCCCUUUGGUAUUAUUGGUCAUUGCAACUUAAUCUAAGCCAUGAUGUCUGCAUUUCAUAUUAAAUAUAUAAUACACAGAAUCCAGUAACAGGUCAGAAAGAUCUUGAGGAACACAGAAACCAUUUACAACAGAUCGAAAGUUCAGAAACAUCCAAACUGAGAUUAAUAAAAAACGUCCAAGA